AUGGCAAACGACGAGACUGGCCUUCUCCCGGGCCGUACCUACCGUGUCGGUCUCUUUGAGUACACCUUGGAGAAGGCGUGGUUCUGCCAGUUUUGCAUCGGCAUUCUCAUCUGUGUGAACAAUGGCGCCUGUUUCUCCUUCGCUAUCCUCAGUCCCUACUUGAAGGGCGAGGGGUUCAGGUACAGCCAGUUUCAGAUCGACGCCGUCUCUACUGUCGGCGUUUUCCUGAGCUACUUUUCUAUGCCGACUGGCUUCUUGUAUGACUACAAAGGUCCAACUGCCACCUUGCUCGUCGGGACAUUGCUCAAUACGACGGGGUGGGCAGGGAUGUACUUGAUUUUCACCAAUGUGCUUACCCACAGCCCGGUUGUCAUGGCGAUCUUCUUCGGUUUAUCACAGUUCUCCGCAAGCUUCUACGAAACAGGGAGCGUACUCACCAACCUCAAGUCUUUUUCCUGCUACAAAGGGCGUGUGAUUCUGAUUCAGAAGACCUUCAUGGGCCUUGGGAGCUCCCUAGUAGCGCAGCUCUACGUCGCCUUCUUUGAAAAGGCCUCUGAAAGCCUUGCACCCUUCUUCAUUUUUCUGUUGCUUUACUCCACCUUUGCAGGGCUGUUAGGCAUUUUGUAUGUGCAUUUUCCUACGCCUGACACGGAAUGCGUUGGUAUCAACGUCGAGGACGCCGACACUAUCGCUCGCGGCGGCGGCGAACCGCGCAUGUUUGCGUUCCCCUUCAACAUCGGCACCGGCAUCCUCUGCUGCAGCGUCACCUUUGUCUUGCUCACCUCGCUCGUAGAAAACUACGUCAAUCCCUUGAGUACUGCAGUGCGUGUUUGUAUUGGCGUUAUCACGAUUUGCCUCACCGCCUCCUUCAUUUCCAUGAUCUUCACCACACCGAACUACGAAGUGAACCGACGCCGUGGUGCGGGCGAAGAGGGCAUGGGUGACGCCAAUGACAGGCUGUCAGCUUUUGGGCCUUCCAUAGGUUCCUCCUCGAAGGCUGCAGAUAAGAUGAGCAUCGGCGCCUCAAUGGACAACGAGGACGGUCGAAGGUCCGGUGACGGAGAUGAUCUCAGCAGAUGUGCCAUAUUGCCGGCUGAGGUAGAGCUUACUGUUCUGCGGAAGGAUGAGCUAACGAGCCCAGAGAUGUGUUACAAAGACGUGCCCACGUUACCACAGGCGGAACUUGGCGUCCCGUGUGGCGACACCCAGGAGGGAUAUACUGUGCUAAACGAUAAAUCCUUGUGGGAAAACGUAAAGCACAUUGAACUGUGGUUGCUGUGGUUCGUCUGCUUUGGGGCGUGGAGUGCAAUGACGGUGGUGUCGACGAACAGCAGCCAUAUCUACCAAGCAAUGUCACACGGGUCUUUCUCUCUCACUAUCAACAGUGUUUUUGUGUCUAUCUACGGCGUGGCGAGUGCACUGGGUCGUAUCCUUGUCGGCGCUCUGUACCCGCAGUUGGCACGUCGGCAAGUCAGCGAGUCCUUGAUGCUCUUGGUCGCCCCGAUCCUAAACAUCAUUGGACUACCGCUGUUCCUCAUCUGCCCAGCACGUUUCCUGUUUGUGCCAUUUUUUGUGGUUGGCCUUGCCGUGGGUUUCUCGUGGGGGUGUACGGUGCUCAUUGCCACGUCCAUCUUCUCCUCGAACAGCGGCAAGCACUACAGUUUUCUGUACACGGCCGGCAUGAUUUCACCCUUCAUCUUCAAUAUGGCGCUCUUCGGCCCCAUCUACGAUCAUUACGGGGCAAAGCAGGGGCACAGGAAUGAUGGCACCUGCGAUGGCGCGAUAUGCAUCGCCGUGCCGUUGAUCGUGUGUAUGGUGGUGAAUAUAUUGGCAGUGCCGUCAGCGUACGUGUUUUACAAGCUCACCAAAGCGCCACGCUAG